GGGUGAGGUUACCUCUCUCGCUCGCUCCGACCUCGCCUCGUCGUUCGCUUGCUCGCACGCCGCCCGCACUCGCGUUCUGGCUCCGCGGCUCGCUCGUUGGGCUCCUGUCCUUGCCUGUGAAAGUGCUUUGUUUUGUCGAGGGCUGAGUCACUUCCCAUGCAUCUGUCCUGACGUCUGAUACUUGUAACUGACUUCUUUUUCUUUUGUUUUCUUUUCCUUUGAAGAGAGUGAAGUUGUACGAACUACCUGGAGGUAAUUGAUGAACAUGGCAAUGUAUUUCUUUCCUGCUGUAUCAGACGCUGUGACUCGUGUCUUGGGCUAAGCUGCAGUUGGAACAUCGAGUGUGCACCAAUAGCUCAAAGGUCCAAUUGUGUCAUUUUUGAGGAAAAUCAAAACAACAGCAACAAAAACUUAUCCCUUACUAGGCCACGUAGUGUGCGCCGCCGCAAACCUCACGUAGGUGUACUUAGAAGUGUUUCGAACCAAUGAUCCUUUAGGUCGAGUUCCAGAAGUGAGAAAAACGCGACCGAGAGAAUCCUUUCGACAUGGAGAUAAUCACGGGGACACAGACCUUCGUCCGACUGGUCCUUUUACCCGCCGUCCUCUUGGCCACAAUAUCAGGGUGCCAAGGCCUGAAGGUGAAAAAGGUUGUCGUUCCACCGCACGAGAAAAUGGGCAAGGGCGUGGUGCUCAAGUGCGAGUACGACCUCGAGGGCGACCAGCUGUACUCCGUCAAGUGGUACAAGGGCAUCAAGGAGUUCUUCCGCUACGUGCCCGCAGACAACCCGCCCAUCCAGGUGUUUGACCUGCCCGGCGUCCACGUCGAUAGAGACAAGAGCAACGACCGCAAAGUGACCCUGAAGGAAGUGUCCCUGAAAACGUCCGGGAAAUACAAGUGCGAGGUGUCGGCUGAGGCUCCUUCGUUCCACACGGACUCUGGCGCCGGAGAACUGCUCGUCGUCCACAUGCCCGAGCACGACCCACACAUCUCGGGCAUGCGCACAAAAUACCACGUGGGUGACCUCGUUCAGGUGAACUGCACAUCCUCUCCGUCGAAGCCAGCGGCCGCUCUCAUGUGGUACAUCAACGACAAGCAGGCGGACAGCGGGUUCCUGGUGGACUACGCGCCGGUGUCGAACGGCGGCGGGCUGGAGACCUCGAUCCUGGGCCUGCACUUCCGGGCGCGCAUGAGCCACCUGCGCCACGGCCACCUCAAGCUCCGCUGCUCCGCCACCAUCGCCGCCGUCUACUACCGCGAGAAAACCAUCUUUGCUCGCGGCUUCCUCACGCACAACGGCGACGUCCUCGAGAGCCGCGGCAUCUUCUCCGGGAGCGACGGGCGCGGCCUGACGGGGCUGUGGGUGCUGGCCCCUCUCUUGGGCGUGCUGCUCCUGAGGUAACACCGCCCGCCCUCAGCCCACAGCGAUGCAGCAGCAGCCGCAGGACCUUCUCGCCGCUGCGCAAGCUGGCGUGAGGGACGAGGAAGCGCCGUUCGCUGCUGCUGCUCCUGCACUUCCCCUUCCUCUAUUGCUUCCCCUCUUCCUCCCCCCUCCCUCUCUCUGCCUUUCUCCCCUCCCUUCCCCUCUUUACCUCCCUCCCUCAGCUGCCCCUGCGAGCAACUGAACCGAACUCCAGUGCCAAAGUUUUAGCUCUCUCUGCCGCAGGAAGUGCCAAGGGCGGAGGCCGACGCUUGCUCUCUUCCCGGGACUUGUUGCGCGCGGAAGAAGGGGAGGGGGGGGGGGAGAGCCUGCGCUGCGGGCCCUCGCUCACCGGAAGUGCGCGUGCUGCGCCUCGCCCGGCUGCUCAGUUGCCAGGAGCGCUCGCCGGGAAAAUGAGGAUGAGGACUGUGAGGACACUUAACGAUGCUUAAAGUGUGUUACAGAAAUGACUUAGUGUAACAGGAAAUUGCAAUUAUUCUCUGAGAAAAAAAGGUGUUCAUAUUAAACCAAGGAUGACAAAUAAGAUAAUGAUGUUGAUUAUGAAAAUGAUGAUGUUGAUUAUGGUAAUGAUAAUAUUGACAUUUGAAAUUGAUAAUAACAGUGAUUAUGAUAUCAUCGAUGAUGAAAGUGGUUUAGUUAGUUUCGUCGAGAGGAUAUCAUAUAGUAAUAUUAAUUAACGGUGGAAGUUAAUUGUAAUAAUGACAACCCUAAGCCAGUAUUCAUAUCAUAUGCUGUGGGUGUUUAUUAGUACUGUUGCUCAUAUUAUUCAACAUAGUUACAUAUACCUAAAUAAUAUCAUCACUGUUAUUACCUGAGCAAUAUUCAUCACUGCUGUAAUCUAUUUGCAUCCUCAUUACUAUGUAUAUCCCUUUUUCUUCCUAUAUUUAUUGAUUAUGGAAGCUUGGGCAGUGUCCUUUUUCCAAGUCUGUUAAUGAAAAAGGAGCUGUUUUGUUUUGUGAAAUGUACAUUGUAAUUUCGAAAUGGCCAGGCGCUCCCUGUGUAUAAGCUCGCGUGUCCCUUGGAAGAUACACGUAUGUAUACUUGCACGUAUACCUUGAAUGAUUAUACGAAGCAUCAAGGGAAAAAAAGGCCUAAAUAUCAUACGUAUUGUCUGGGGGCCGAAGAGACACACCUCGUUCUUGAUGUUCUCUGAAAAGGAAAAUACAUUUGUAAGAAUAAGAAAAAGAAAAGAAAUAUAACAAAAGAAGGGGAGACGAAGAAAAAGAAGAAGAGGAGAAGCGAAGAGGAGAGAAGAGUAAAGAAGAAAGGAGGAAAGGGGAGAAAGGAGAAGAGAUGGGAAACGAGGAGAAGGAGACGGAGAAGAGAAAAGGAAAGAGGAAAAGGAAGUAAAGAAGAGAAGAGAAAAGAGGAGAAGGAAGCAGGGAAGAGAAGAGAAAAGGGGAGAAGGAAGCAGGGAAGAGAAGAGAAAAGGGGAGAAGGAAGCAGGGAAGAGAAGAGAAAAGAGGAGACGCGAAGACAAGAGGAGCGAAGAGAAGCGCCAGCCACUAUUACUCCCACUUAGAAUACGUGUGUCACGGCCUCGGGUGCUGCCUCGUCUCGCUCAUCCGGCCACGUCCGGGAGAGGAUAAACUGCGCGUUCAGGCCAUUUCUGGAAUUGUUAGUCCGAUCUCGGUGUCAUAGUCAGGCCUCCCCCUCCUCCUCCU